CAGAUGAUAAGGGUUUCAUUUGAUUUCACCAACAAACGCGGUUUCAAAGACUUUCAAAGUUCAUGCGCUUAUACAGCUGUGUCUGUGAUUGGUCUUUCUCCCUUCCUUGCUUGCAUUAAUAUAGUGUAAGAAAAGCAACCAUUUUUAUAUUCUGUUUUAGAUCUUAGACCAUUAAAAGAUAUCAACUUGGAUUGCAUCUAUCCAAAACUAGCUGACCAUCCUUACACUAACCCAGAUCCAUAAAUUGCCAUCCAAAGCAGUUUUCUGUUUCUUUUGGGAUCUGAAAUUUUCAGUCUUUAAUCUCUCUCUCUCGCUCUUGGAAAUUUCAGUGCAGCGGUAAUGUUUCUUGGAGUUUAAGUGGAUAUUUAGGACAAUCUUGGUGUUCUAUAUUUGGAAAGAUAAAUCAAAAUAUUUGGAUUUUUUUUCUAGUUUCUAUAAAUGGAAAAUUCAAGGGGCAGGAGUAUAGAGAAAAGGGGUUAUGAACAGUGUGUUGAAGACGAAGCUGACCACUUGCCUGAUCCAAAGAAGGCAAAAAUGCCGGCUUUAGCAAGUGUUAUUGUGGAAGCUUUGAAGGUGGAUAGUUUGCAAAGACUUUGCUCGUCUUUGGAGCCUCUAUUUCGCAGAAUUGUUAGUGAAGAAGUGGAGCGUGCUCUGACAAGAAUGGGUCAUGCUAAGUUGGCAGCAAGAUCACCACCAAAAAUACAAGGGCCAGAAGGAAGAAAUCUACAGCUUCAUUUCAGAACAAGGAUGCCACCUCACCUAUUCACAGGUGGGAAGGUUGAGGGGGAAAAAGGAGCAGCUAUCCAUGUUGUCCUGCUAGAUGCUACCUCAGGCUGUGUCAUGCAAACUGGACCUCAAUCAGUUGCAAAACUGAAUGUUGUGGUUCUUGAAGGUGACUUCAACGAGGAGGCUGAUGAAGAUUGGACUGCAGAACACUUUGAAGGCCAUGAAGUAAAAGAGCGUGAAGGGAAAAGGCCUCUCCUGACUGGGGAUCUACAAGUGACUCUAAAGGAAGGGGUAGGAACUCUUGGAGAUCUUACUUUCACUGAUAAUUCUAGCUGGAUAAGGAGCAGAAAGUUCAGGCUUGGUGUUAAGGUUGCUUCUGGAUCUUGUGAAGGUGUUCGUGUUCGUGAGGCUAAAACAGAGGCAUUUGCUGUUAAAGAUCACCGAGGAGAAUUAUACAAGAAGCACUAUCCACCUGCUUUACAUGAUGAAGUUUGGAGAUUGGACAGAAUAGCAAAGGAUGGAGCACUGCACAAAAAACUGGUAAAGGCUAAAAUUGUAACAGUUGAAGAUUUUCUUCGGCUUCUUAUGCGGGAUCCACAGAAAUUGAGAAAUAUACUUGGAAGUGGAAUGUCCAAUAGGAUGUGGGAGAAUACUGUGGAGCACGCUAAGACCUGUGUUUUGGGGGGGAAGGUUUAUGUUUACUUCUCAGAUGUGACUCACAGCACUGGUGUUGUUUUCAACCAUAUUUAUGAACUCAGAGGCCUCAUUACUGAUGGGCAGUUCCUCCCUUUGGAAUCGCUUAACCACAAUCAGAAGGUAUCAGUGGAUUCUCUGGUAAAGCGAGCAUAUGAAAAUUGGCAGCAAGUCAUAGAAUAUGAUGGCAAGGUCCUGAACUCCCUAACUAGUACUAAGAACAGGGAAAGAGCCUCAGUUGCACCCAUAAUAAACAACUAUGACACAAAUCAGUAUAUUACUUCUAACCACAACAGGCAGCAGCAAUAUAUCUCAUCCGAAAUAUGUUCGCAAAGCCAAUCUGUAAAUAACCACACAUCAGUUCCUCAGUUAAUUGAAUUUCCAUUUGUGAGGCCUGAUCAUAAUGCAGUCACGACCCUAAAUAAUCCACAGGCAGCAUUAGCUGGUGGUGGCAUGGAUCACAUGUCAAUUGGAACUCCUGCUGGGGGUGCUUAUUUUGCAGGAGACUGGUCUCAACCGAGGAAUGGGCAGGGAUCAGAAGACUUCUUUGCUGAAGAAAUCCGGCUCAGGAGUUCAGAGAUGCUAGAGAGUGAUGACAUGCAGAGACUUCUCAAAACGUUCAGUAUGGGAGUUGGGGUUGGAAUGGGUAGUGGUUUUGGUCAUCCUGAUGAGGCUUGUUACUCUUACAGUAUUCAAGCAUAUGAGCCUCAGAUGGAUCAAGCAUACACACAGGAACGCGGCAGGGGUUCAGGAAAGGCUGUUGUGGGAUGGCUUAAGCUGAAAGCAGCUCUGCGCUGGGGGAUAUUUGUAAGAAAGAAAGCUGCAGAGAGAAGAGCUCAACUGGUUGAGCUUGAUUGAGUUGAAUGUAUUAUCUAAUUUUAACUUCACUGAGAUUGAACCUGUUUAGAUGCAUUGGAAUUCUUAAUCCUUUGAUUUUUGAGUGUACUAUAUUCCAGGUGCUGCUUUCUUUGCAUUUAUUUUGGCUCCAUUGCAAUUCAUUGAAUUUUAUUUUCUUGAUUUUUUA